GGAAGUCUUCGUUUAUUCUACCCAGCUUGGUUUGGAUGAGGCAGCCCUGGAGCGCACAGUCUGAGGAUAAUCGCAGGUGGUAAGGGUUACAAUCUGCCGACAAGAGGCGACAGAAGCAGGUGUCGAUUUGUAUCCGACUGAGCAUUAAUCCGGCUCAGAUUUAUGAGAAUUUCUCCCCCCUGGACCGAGGCUGUUGUGUCUUUCUUUUUUCCUCCCCCUCGAUGAUCCACAAUGCGGUCUUCGGCUUGGUUCGUCGCCAGUUGCGCUCUCAUCCUCUGCACGCUCCGGUUGAUUGACGGGGCCAAAGGACAGCGGCAGUGUAGUGAGACGGACUACUACUAUGAGUACACAGAGUGUGACAGCACAGGAUCUCGAUGGAGAGUGGCCAUCCCGCAGAAACCUGGGUCCUGUACAGGAUUACCAGAGCCAGUACAUGGAACUGAGUGCACUUUCUCGUGUGAGGCUGGGGAGUUUCUGGAGAUGACGGCUCAGGAGUGUACCCAGUGUGCGGCAGGAAGCUAUUCCCUCGGCAGCGGCAUCCGCUUCGACCAAUGGGAUACCAUGCCUGCUGGAUUCAGUAGCCUGGCAACCUCGGUGGAAAACAAUCCCAGUGGAGAUGACAGACUCAGCUGCAACAGCUCUUCCUGGGUGCCUCAGGGAAACUAUUUGGAGUCCAACAGAGAUGAAUGCACAGUCUCUCUCAUCUAUGCUGUCCAUCUGAAGAAACAAGGCUCUGUCAGUUUUGAGUACCAGUAUCCAGACAACAACCUGCUGUUUGAAUUCUUUAUCCAGAAUGACCAGUGUCAGGAGAUGGAUCAGUCUGCUGAUACCAAGUGGCUCAAGCUUACCAAUCAUGGUGAAUGGGCGACUCAUACGGUGAAUCUGAAAUCAGGCACUAACAUCCUGUACUGGAGGACAGGUGGAGUCCUGAUGGGUACGAAAGUGGUGAAGCCUGUUUUGCUGAAAAAUUUUCAAAUAGAAGGCGUCGCCUACACAUCAGAGUGUUUCCCAUGUAAGCCGGGGACAUUCAGCCAUGUUCCAGGCUCCUCCACAUGUGAUCCCUGUCCUCGGGACACCUACUCUGGCCACGGUGCAAGCUCCUGCACUCCCUGUAACACUACCACUCAGUAUGCAGGUGAGGGAUCUGUGGUGUGUAAGGACAGACCUCCUUGCUCCAAGAAGGACUAUUUCCAGAUCCACACUGCAUGUGACCACGAAGGAAAGACACAGAUCAUGUACAAGUGGAUUGAACCUAAGAUCUGUCUGGUGGAUGUGGCUGGAGCUGAACCACUGCCUGAAAGUGGAAAACGAGAGCCCUGCCCCCCCUGUAACCCUGGUUUCUAUAACAAUGACACAGCCACCUGCUCACCAUGCCCACCUGGGACCUUUUCUGAUGGGAUGAAACCAUGUCAGCAGUGUCCGGCAGGCACUGAGCCCAACUUAGGUUACGAGUAUAAAUGGUGGAAUAUUCUUCCUACAAACAUGAAAACCUCCUGUUUCAAUGUGGGCAACUCCAAAUGUGACAAUAUGAAUGGCUGGGAGGUGGCAGGUGAUCAUAUCCAGAGUGGAUCAGGAAGCUCGGAUAAUGAUUACCUCAUCCUCAACAUCCAUGUUCCUGGCUUCAAGCUCCCUACAUCUAUGUCAGGCCACUCUGUGACAGAGUUUGGUCGCAUCACAUUUGAAUUUGAAAUUUCAUGCAUAGCCGACUGUGAGCUCUACUUUAUGAUGGAUGUAAACAGGAAGAGUACUACAGUGGUGGAAUCAUGGGAAAGAAAUAAAAAAAGACAGUCCUACACACACAUUAUGACAAAGAAUGCCUCGGUUUCCUACACAUGGGCUUUCCAGAGGACUAACCAACCUUCAGAUGUACGUAAAUAUGUCAACGACGUGGCACGAAUCUACUCCAUCUCAGUGAGUAACGCUGUUGAUGGGGUUUCCUCUAGCUGCCGGGCUUGUGCCCUCAGCACCCAACCCUCCAGCUCUACGUGUGUGCCGUGCCCACCUGGACAUUACAUAGAUGCGCACACCAGCCAAUGCACAGAAUGUCCACCUAACACGUACCUCGCUUCUCAUGCCACACCCGGUCCUGAUGCCUGCAAACCCUGCGGACCAGGCAGCAAGAGCGACAAGGACCACAGUUUAUGUUACAGUGACUGCCACUUCACCUACACAGAGGGCAACGUCUCCCUGACAUAUGACUUCAGCAACCUUGGAUCUGUGGGAUCGUUGAUGAACGGUCCAAGCUUUACCUCUAAAGGAACCAAGUACUUCCACCAGUUCAAUAUCAGCCUGUGUGGAAAACAGGGUCAGUCUGCCGUAUGCACAGACAAUGUAACGGACCUAUCCGUCACCGACUCCCAGAGAGAGAAAGGCGAAGGAGCCAAUGGUGUCAAGACCUUCAUCUGUCAGUCAACAAUAAUCCCAGCUAGUGGACGAGGCUUCCACACAGCACUCUCCUCACAGUCCAUUAACCUGGCUGACACGUUCCUCGGAGUGACAGUAGAGGAUACACUUGAUAAAAUAACUCUGAGACCAGAUCUCUACCCCAAGACCUCUAAGAAAGUCCCUGAUGUCAACUUCUUCUACAGGUCCUUGGAGGCGACUUCAUCUUGUGAGUCAGGUCGUAGCGCCGUGGUGACACUUCGCUGUAACCCAGUGAAGAGUGUUAAAGGCGAUCUCUCAGUUCCCAGUCAGUGCCCGGCAGGAACAUGCAACGGCUGCACCUUCAAUUUCUUAUGGGAGAGCUCAGGAGCUUGUCCUACAUGCACAGAGAGAGACUACCAUCAGAUAGAAGGAGCUUGCAAGGGAGGACACCAGGACCUUCUGUAUGUGUGGACUGAGCCGAAGCUGUGUGUGGGAGGUGUGACGCUGCCUGAAAAGAAAACGUUGCCAUGCGAGGGUAUGGAGUUCUGGGUACGGCUCGGUGCAGGACUGGGUGUUUUCACUGCAGUACUGCUCGUCUCCCUCACCUGCUACUUCUGGAAGAAGAACAAAAGGCUGGAGUACAAGUACUCCCGCUUGGUGAUGUCUGCCAAUAAGGAGUGUGAGAUGCCAGGAGCUGACAGCUGCGCUGUGAUGGAGGGAGAGAAUGAAGGAGACAUGGAGGAUGAAGUUGUGUACACAAAACCGUCACUACUUGGCAAACUCAAAGCCAUAGCAUCCAAGGGGAACGGAGAGAACUAUGAACAUGUGCAGCUAAACUCGUCUCAUCCGAAAGCUCUGGUGUGGAGCUAGAGGGGUGGUAAAGUGAGGGGGAGAGAUCGGACCUUCGAGAGACUUUCCACUGAACAACCCCUUUAACCAACCACCCCCUUUAUGAGCUUUGGUACCUGGAAUACCAUCUGUAUGUACAUACAUACAGACACACACAUCAUGCACCUAGGGCCAGGUUCAGAGAAAUCACACGAACAUGGUGGCCUUAAAGCUUGGUACGACAGAGCCGUCCAACUCGAAGUGUAGUACUGUGAGGAGGUGUGUGUGUGAUAGACACUUCCUGCUAAUAUUCUGAUUCAAGCUGAUGUCAGAACGGCUGUUAGAAGAGCUCAGGUAUAAGACAAGGACCUAUUUAAGAGAUGUUUUGUUUAUAUUCAUUUCAGUCUGUGUAGUCUAAUAUUUCUUUAGACAUCCAUGGUGUAAUUUGCCAUCAGGAUCACCAUGGCAAGUGUGCCCAUCAUCCAUAGACGUUUACACAGACUGGUAUAUUCUGGCCAUAUAGAGCCUUUAUCUUCUCAUCUGUUUGUUCUGUUGCUUAGUUGACAUUAUUGUAAUGAGAUGUGUUCUGCUGGCAUUAAAGAUGAGAUGAGGUUGUGGUGUUGACUGUCCAUGUAUAUCAAAUAAAUUAUGAUGUAU